UACUACAAUGGUGAAGGGACAGAAAAGGACUUGGGAAUGGCCUUUCACUGGUAUCAGAAAGCAGCAGAGAAGGGUGAUGAAGGGUCAAUGCUCAAUCUUGCCUUACAAUACUACAAUGGUGAAGGGACAGAGAAGGACUUGGGAAUGGCUUUUCACUGGUAUCAGAAAGCGGCAGAGAAAGGUGAUGAAAGUUCAAUGUAUGGUCUUGCCUUACAAUACUACAAUGGUGAAGGGACAGAGAAAAACUUGGGAAUGGCCUUUCACUGGUUUCAGAAAGCAGCAGAGAAGGGUGAUGAAAAGUCAAUGCACAGUCUUGCCUUACGAUACUACAAUGGUGAAGGAACAGAGAAGGAUUUGGAAAUGGCCUUUUACUGGUAUCAGAAAGCGGCAGAGAAUGGCAAUGAAAAGUCAAUGCACAGUCUUGCCUUAUGUUAUGAAUAUGGUGAAGGAAUAGAAAAGAAUUUGGAAAAAGCAUUUUAUUGGCACAAAAUGACUUCU